CGGAAUAUCAACUUCGCAACUGCUAUCGAUGUCCUAUGUCUGGCACCGCGAAUUCGCGGGACACGCCAGUUGGGGUGUGACGCCCCUAUGCUCAAGAUGUGCUACUCAUCAAAAAUAUUGAUACUGCUAUUAUUUCUUAAAAUUUUCUAUGUAGUUUUGUGUUCGGAAGAUGAAGAAAGAUUAGUGCGUGAUUUGUUUAGAGGAUAUAAUAAGUUAAUUCGACCAGUCCAAAAUAUGACGGAAAAAGUUCACGUUGAAUUUGGUCUUGCAUUUGUACAGCUAAUUAAUGUGAACGAAAAAAGUCAAAUAAUGAAAUCUAAUGUAUGGUUGAGAUUAACUUGGAAUGAUUAUCAACUUCAGUGGGAUGAGGCGGAUUACGGAGGAAUUAAUGUAUUGAGGCUUCCCCCCGAUAAAGUUUGGAAACCUGAUAUCGUGCUAUUCAACAACGCCGAUGGUAAUUACGAAGUUCGUUACAAAAGUAACGUACUAAUUUAUCCAACUGGAGAAGUCUUAUGGGUACCGCCAGCAAUAUAUCAAAGCUCUUGUACUAUUGACGUAACUUAUUUUCCGUUUGAUCAACAAACAUGUGUUAUGAAAUUUGGCUCCUGGACAUUUAACGGAGAUCAAGUUUCAUUGGCACUUUAUAAUAAUAAAAAUUUUGUUGAUUUAUCAGAUUAUUGGAAAAGUGGUACAUGGGAUAUUAUAAGUGUACCGGCAUAUUUAAAUGUUUAUAAAGGAGAUUUUCCAACAGAGACUGAUAUUACAUUUUACAUAAUCAUCCGUCGAAAAACAUUAUUUUACACAGUUAAUUUAAUUUUACCAACAGUUUUAAUUUCAUUUCUUUGUGUAUUGGUUUUCUAUUUACCAGCUGAAGCAGGUGAAAAAGUAACCCUAGGUAUUAGUAUUUUACUGUCACUCGUUGUAUUUCUUUUAUUAGUUAGUAAAAUUUUACCACCAACUUCCCUUGUACUGCCACUAAUUGCCAAAUAUUUAUUAUUUACAUUUAUUAUGAAUACCGUUAGUAUUCUUGUCACAGUAGUUAUCAUAAAUUGGAAUUUUCGAGGUCCUAGAACCCACAGAAUGCCAUCGAUAAUACGUAAAAUUUUUUUGAAAUAUUUACCAACAUUUUUGUUAAUGCGAAGACCAAAAAAAACACGAUUAAGGUGGAUGAUGGAGAGUCCAAAUGUAACACUGCCAGCAUCAAUUUACACUGGAAGUCCAACAGAAUACUUUCCGGGACCAAUGCCUAAAUCUAAAGUAGAAAUGAUGGAAUUGUCUGACCUCCAUCAUCCAAAUUGCAAAAUAAAUCAUAAGCCACACUAUACAACGAGUACUUCAGGUAUUACUGAAGGUGUCAACGAAGCUUCUGGGGAUCGAAGAGGCUCUGAAAGUUCAAAUUCUGUUCUUCUUAGUCCGGAGGUAGCUAAAGCUACUGAAGCUGUCGACUUUAUUGCUGAGCAUCUACGAAAUGAAGACCUUUAUAUACAAACACGAGAAGACUGGAAAUAUGUUGCAAUGGUGAUUGAUCGUCUCCAACUGUACAUAUUUUUUAUAGUAACAACAGUCGGCACGAUUGGUAUUCUAAUGGACGCUCCCCAUAUUUUUGAAUAUGUUGAUCAAGAUCGAAUCAUCGAAAUGUAUCACGGAAAGUGAUACGUCAAGUUAACUUUUUCAUACAAAUAUUUUUUAUUAAUAUAAAUAAUUAAUACGUUUUUCAAGUAAUCCAUCACUAAUAAUAAUAGUAUUACUAAGAAUUUUUAUAAAAUUAAGAAAACUUAUACAAGUAAUUAAUCGAAUAGUCUAUUAUACUACUAAAUACUGUUUACAAUUUUUUUUAAAUUCUUUAUAAAUUAUAAAUAUAGUGAAAAGUGUAAUCAUAACAUAUUUAGAGGAAUUUGUAAAUAUCGUUAAUUACUUUUAUUUAUAAAUACUCGAAAUCGGAAGCAUCUUUAGUUACUGUAAUUUAUUAUGAGUAAGCAAUAUAAAGUAAGUCUUCCGUGUAUUUAAUAUCUCAAAAUGUAAAAACUUAUAGUACAAAUUUUAUGACUGUAAUUUUGCUAUUUGCUACCUCAUUUUAAAAUAACUAGUGUAAAUAAUUUCAUUGUUUAAUCAACGCUAAUUAUUUAUAUUAUGUUUAUUACUCUUAAGUCCGGUCAAGAAAUAUUAUUUCGUAACAAAAUAUGUUCGUUCAACCGUAAUUGUGAUAUUUUGGUUAAUAUAUUGCGCCAUAUAGUUUUUAUUUUCAUAUAUGUUAAAAUAUAAUUGAUUUGUAAUGGAUAGAAAUAGGUUGUUAUAUAUAUUGACUUUUUGGCAAUGAAUACAAUAAAAUAUAAGUAUUUACUAUGUAACUGAAGAUCAGAACGUUUUUCGCGGGAAAAAAAUAAAAAGAACACUGUAAAAAGAGCGGUGUUAAAAUGAAACUACACCGGUGUAGGAAGCGUAAUUCGGCAGUGUUAAAAUACCGGUGUAAAAGCGGGAUAAACUGCUUCCGCUCUGAGUAUUAACUUUUGAAAGCUUAUAAAACACAAAAAAUAUCUUCACAAACGUACACACACACAUUUGUACACAUAGACACGCACACACUCAAAAACACAUGAAGACACACGCGCGCACACUAAGUAAAACAUUUUAACGCCGGUAAAAAAUAUUUACACCGGCGGCGGCGUUAUUUUAACACCGCUUUCGGUGUUGAAAUUUAACACCGCAAAUUUUAACAUUUUCACUGCUUGGACUUACCCCGGUCAUUUUUUAUAGUGAACAAAAUGAAAAGUAAAAAAUCUACUGGAUAUAGAUUUCUGAAAUGUUUCGCAUAUGUGAUAGUACUGUCGUUAUCGCGCGAAAAACGUCCCAAUCUUCAGGUACAUUUAUUAUUGCUUUUAUUCAUGAAACAAUUAAUAUUUAUAAUUAGUAUGAAACUCGUAUAUAGCAUAAGAAUAAUUGGAAUUGCAUGCAGAAAAAGAUAAUUACAGUUUAUAGUAAUCCUUUAAUUAUUUUUAAUUUAGAGUGCCUAUGAAAUGUGCAAUGCUCAUAUUAUACACGGAAAAAAUUCAGCAAAAAGUCUUAGCUAAUAAAUGUCUUUUUAAACAGCCAAUUAGCAUCGAUAAAAACAAUGGUUUGCGCACGGAAAAAAAACGAAAAUUACCAUAUGGAAAGUAACCCGAAACCACAAAUGGAAUCCAAUAGAUUUUACUUUUGACCAUAGUAAAAAAUUACUAAUUCAUAAUUAAAAUGUGCUGUCAUAAAUAAAAAAUAUCUUUGACUUAUGAAGUAAUUUUUUUCAUAUGCCAAAAGUAAAAGCUAUCGGAUAGAUUAAUGGUUUCCGGUUAAUUUUUGCAUAGUAAUUACCCUAUCAAAAAAAAUUAUGUGGGAUUGAAUGAGAAUCCAUAGGAAUCCAUAUAGAAAAGUAUGGAUUUAUGUAAGAACCGAAAGGUAUUAAUAAAAGAGAGUAUGGAUUUAUUUAAGAAUCCAUGUAGAAAUUCAUGGGUAUAUGGGAAAUUUAUAUAGACAACUGUGUGUACCUGGAUUCCCAUAAAGAAACUUGGAUGCAUAGAUUUCUUUGUGGCAAAUUAAUAUAGGAAUCUAGGUGUCUAUCUAAGUAAUUUCUGUAGAAUCCGAGGUAUCUGGAUUUCUAUAUAUAUGUCUAUCAUUGAUACGAGUAAAUAUGAAUCUAUGCUGGAUUCCUAUAGGAAACCAUAUGAGAAUCCAUCCGGAAACGUCAUGUGAAAACCUACAUAGGAAUCUAGGCUGGAUUCCUAUAUGGAUUUUUUUGAUAGGGUAUAACUAAGUUUCAAGAUCCGUUUUUUUUUCUUUUCAUCAGUUAUAAAAUUUUUGUAAAACUUGAAAAAAAUGAUUAAUUAUUAUAAAAUUCCCCGAUAUCAUGUAAACAUGUCUAUUAAUAAAAUUAUGCAUAAUAUCUGUAGCUUGAUUUCAGAGACAGUAUAAUCUUAAACUUUAAUAUAAAUACAUACGUCGUUGAUCCUAGUAAACGAAACAGCAUUGUAUUAAUUCUAACAUCUUUAUCAUAAAUCAUCAAUGUUCUCAAUAAAUUAUUGUCUUCAAUAACUGAAGUUUACUAAUUAAAAUUAAUUCCUUUAGAUUGUAUGAAUUAUUGCACACCUCAAGCGCGAACGCGUAGAAUGUUCAGACAAAUGUCGCAGGAUUUUCAGUUACUUCAUCGAUGCUAAAUCCUUUCCACAUACUUUGUAGUACACUGAAGAAUUCGAAAAUAAAAAGAAUUUUUUUUUUUAAAA